AUGGCGGCGGCGCCGUUCGUAUACCUCCGCCCCUCCGACGACGGCACCCGUCAGGGUGCCCUCAUGAGGGCGGCCUUCGACGGCAACCUCGGCCGCCUCAAAGGUGUUGUAAAGAGUCUUCUCAAAGAGAAUGGUGACCCAAGGAUGAUUCUUGCGUACAGUAAGGAUGGCCUCAGUGUGCUACAUGCUGCGGCAUACAAAGGCCAUUUGGAGAUGUGCAAAUACUUGGUGGAGGAUCUCGGAGGAGAUGUGAAUGCUCCUGGAGUUGUAGUUGUAGUUGGAGCUGGAGAUUUUCUUGCAGGUGCAACACCUUUUAUGAUCUCUGCCCAUUCUGGAGAUGUUCCUACUGUGAAAUAUUUCCUUGAUUGUGGCGGUGAUCUACUGAAAGCAGAUGUAAAAGGCCGCACGGUUCUCCACCAUGCCGCGGGUGCAGGAUCCUGUAAGGUAACAGAGUUCCUGAUUUCAAAAGGAGUACCGGUAGACAUAGACUAUGGCCAGGGAACACCGCUAUAUGUUGCUGCUACCAAUGAGAAGGAUAAAACACUGAAGAUUUUGUUGGACCACCACGCAAAUCCUAACGUCAUUGUUAAUGGUGUGCAAUAUCCCCUGAUGAAUGCUCUUGUAUACCGUUCAUUGAAGUGCAUGAAGCUGCUAAUUAAGGCCGGUGCUGAUGUUAAUGGAAAGUGUUCCAUUAUGACUCCGUUAGUGUUCGCUACGGGGUUUGGAGGUUAUACAAACUUCAUUCGGUUUCUGUUGAAGGCUGGGGCAGAUCCUAAUAUUCCCGAUGAUUUGGGUAGAUUACCAAUAGAGCGUGCUGCAGUACGUGAUUGCAAGGAGGAAGUUGAAAUGUUGUUUCCAUUGACUUACCCAAUACCAAAUGUUCGAAACUGGAGUAUUGAAGGAGUAAUCUCGCAUGCAAAAAUUGAAGCUAAGAAGCCACUCGAUCAACAAGACUUUGAGAGAAGAAAAAAUGUUGCCAAGACAGGGGCAGAUACGGCAUUCAAACAGAAGGAUUAUAAGACAGCACUGAAACUUUAUGAUUUGGUGAUAGAUCAUGGAGAGAAUGCAACACUGUAUGCGAACAGGAGUAUUUGUAAGCUGGCCAUGGGUGACGGUGAAGGUGCUCUGUCAGAUGCUCUCAGGUGCAGAAUGCUGCGACCUAAAUGGGCAAAAGCCUGCUACCGUCAGGGUGCAGCUCACAUGCUACUCAAGGAGUAUAAACAAGCUUGUGAUGCUCUUCGUGAUGCACAAAAACUAGACCCUGGGAAUGCUGAGGUUGAGAGAGAACUAAGCAAGGCGAUGGAACUAAUGAAGACCUCGUGAUGAAGCUGAGCAGAGAGGCGUGGUGGCGCAUUGGUGUGUAGUCUGCAACAUGUGCAAGUUGUCACUGAAGUAGAGCUAGCAAGAACUCCUAAUCCUCAUGUUCUGUGAAGAGUUAAAAACUCGGGAAAAAACAUGCUAAUUUUGUAAGUGCUACAUGCCCCAGAGCUAGCAGGAACUACUAUACUAUCCAGAUGUUCUGGUGUAGAGGUACGUUGUCUUGGAUGGAAUUGCUUUGCCUGACCGAUUCCUGGACAGAUCGCAGUUCCUUUUUCCGAGAACAAGAGACGCCUCCACGGGCUUUUGUAUGUUACUCUAUACUGCUGGCAGGAGAUGUUAUUAUUGAGGGAAC